UUCUGAAUCUCAGCGUUCUCUGGCGCCAUUUUUUGGCGGGCAAUUCGAAGCCGAGACCGAGCUGUAGAGACGUUGCUUAAUCGUAUCGGACCUACUUGGCCUGUCGUUCAGCUAUUUAUCGCCGUGUGAGAGGUGUGGAUAAACGUAUACAGACUGAUACUAGAAAUGGCUACAAAUCAAAGAACACCACUAGGCCUGGUUUCCCCUGGGAACUUGCUCAAUAAUACCACAUCGGAAGAAUCUACAGGAAAUAUAUCAAAUGCUGCAAUAGAAAAUGGAAAAUCUUCCCAGGCACGAAACGCUGAGUCUUUAUAUCCUGAUCAAAUAGUCUAUGCUUGCGCAGUAACGCUUGGUGAAAAACGGAAUAAGAAGGAAUAUGAAGUCCAAAAAGAAGCUAUAAUUAAAGUUGUUUGUGCUCUGCUAAAUUCGGGAGGAGGCAUAGCACUAGUGGAUAUCAAAAAUAAAGAUUACACAUACACACAGCAUCGUGUAACUAUUGAAAGAUCCUUAGAUAGACUUAUAUGCAACAUGACAUCAGAGAAUUACUAUGAUAUGAUUCAAAAUGGAUCACUUCUGUAUAUAUUUGUUAAAUCUUGGAGUACCAGAGCAGGAUCACCGAGAAUCUGUUCAUUGGAUACUGGUUUGUAUAUUCGAUCAUUCACUUCUACAUAUAUGGCGGAUCCAAUUAAAGUGAUGAAUCUCAUAGAUGAAAAAACAAAGAACAAAAGAUCCCGACCGGACAUAAGCUCAAGCAUAGAAGGAUUUCAAGCAUUCCUAGAUCGAGAUCAUUUGCGUUUAGAUGAACAACUGGAAUUUUCAGAAUCAGAAUAUGUGGAAUUAAAGGAUUUUUCUACUGAAAAAAAAUUUGACAGAAUAAGCGAGGUCAUUCCUGAGUAUUUUUCAGCAUUUGGCAAUAGUGCAGGAGGGUACUUGAUCAUUGGUGUGAAUGACAAGUCAAUAGUAAAAGGCUGCGGUAAAGGAGGAGAGAGGUCGGCAUUUAAAGAUUUAGUAGAACGUAAAGUAGGCAAGCUGAAAAUUGUCCACACCCAGCAAUGUCAAAUGGAUACAAGUAUUUUCCCUUAUGAGCUUCAUAUAAAAGAUGUCCGUGAUGAUCAAAACAAACACUCAGGCUAUGUGAUUAUUAUGAAAAUCAAGAAAGUUUGUUGUUUUGUCUUCACCAAAGAUCCUCAGUCAUGGAUGUUAGAAUCUGACAGUAAUGACAUAAAGCAACUAAACGCACCUGACUGGAUAAAACGGGUGAGCCCUACACCAAAAGCUCGCAGGCUGGAAUCUCAGUUUACUGAGCUGAGCCUGUCUGACCGACCACCACUUGCUAAGCCUGUGUAUAUAAAGAAUGGGAAUGAGUCACUGGUGGAGGUGCAGGAAAAGCUCUUUGGAGAUCUUGGAAGCAGGAUAAUUAUAAAACCAGAAAACGUAUACACUGAACUCUCCAGAGAGAAUCCAGAACUGGGGGAUCUAUUGGAGAAGCAGCUUUCAAAAGGGCAUGGUAUUCUAAUUCUUUCCAGGAGCUGGGCAGUUGAUGUUGGACUGCAGAAAAAUCGAAAUGUUGUUUGUGAUGCUUUGUUGUUGGCUACAGAGAGUUACCCAACACUGUAUACUGUGUUUAAAGAAGAUAUUUCUCAGGAAGACUUUGAAUAUUCACGAUUGACUGCUUUAACAAUCAAGAAGCAGCUUGUCAAUAUUGGUUGCUACACUGAUAAAUUAUGUGUUAUUCCCAAAGCUUUAACACUGCAGAAGGAAAAUCAGUGGGGACAAAAGGUGAUCACCUACCCAAAAGUUUACCAGCUGGUUUCCCUUAAAGAUGUUGAAGAAUUAAUGCCCUCUCUUCUUAUAAUGAUGCUUAGUUUUAAAUCAGUUUUAAGUGACCAGAUGGGAACCGAAAUCUCCAACCUCCUUACUACAGAGCAGUAUGAACUUCUGUCAGAUUGUUUAGAAAGUAAUCGGCAUUUGUUUGUGCAUGGGCUACCAGGAUCUGGAAAGACAGUCAUUGCAUUGAAGAUAAUGGAGAGAAUUAAAAAUAUGUUUGGUUGUUCAAAAGAAAAUAUUCUCUAUAUCUGUGAAAACCAGCCUUUACAAUACUACAUCAGCCAGCAGCAUGUGUGUGUGGCAGUGACAAGAGUAAAGUUUAUGUUUAUAGAAGAAUUCCCACAGAUACAACACAUCAUAGUCGACGAGGGCCAGAAUUUUCGAACAGAAAAUGGUGAUUGGUUUGCAAAGGCAAAAGCCAUCCAUGAAGCUAGUGAAACAGGAAUUUUUUGGCUUUUUUUGGACUAUUUUCAGUCAUGCCAUCAUUUUGAAACUGGCCUUCCACCAGUUACAAACCAAAGUAAGCGAUUUUUGAAUAAAGUUGUCCGCAAUGCUACCACAAUCUACAACUACAAAAUUCCCGCUUCAGAGUUUUUAAGAAAAAUAAUGUCAAAGUCUGAAUGUUGUCAUCCAGUUGAAGGUUCGCAUGUCAUACAAAGUCAUCUUGAUGAAAAGGGGAUUGUUCAGUAUGUCGCAGACCAUUGCCACAGAUACCUGAAAGAAGGCUAUUCAGAAAAAGAUAUUGCUGUUUUGUGUAGUACAGAAGAGACGGCACUUAAGUUUACAGAGAAAUUGGCACCAGCGAUGCUGAAACGAAGGCUGAAUCGAAUCAGAAACGCCAACAAAAUCAUGAAAAAUGCUAUUGUUGUGGAUAGUAUCCGCCGCUUUUCUGGUCUUGAACGUUGCAUUGUAUUUGUGGUUAACCCUGUGUCUUUACUACCUGACAUCCAUGACAAUAUUUUAGUGAGUGCCGCAUCAAGAGCUUCUUCAAAACUUCAUGUUUUGUAUGAAAAAAAGUAGCGUUUAACUAGAACUACCACUUUUUCAAUCGCAUGCUUACCUUUCUGGGAGCAUCCAGUCAGAACUUUGUUUCCUCUUUGUUGUCACACUUAAUACUUAAAAUUAUGUUAACUGAUUAGGUAUGUGGGUUGUGAUCCUAUGUAAUUGUGUACAAUUGAACACAUUGUUUAUAUGAGGACCGGGACUCCUAUAUAUAUAAUUAAA